UUGGAAAUUUUGGCACCGGAGAUCAUUUGUUGGACGAGAAAUCUAUAAAAAGGAUAUACUGACAGAUUUUGGAAACAAAUCUUAAAAGGCAAGAAAUUGGUCAUAAAUUCUUCGCAAGAUUAUACCCGUUUCAAAAUGCUGUGUUUUGUCGUCUGUUUGACAAUCUUUAGCAUCUGUGCAGAUGCCCUCCCCCAGGAACCUUAUGUCAUUUAUUCCAACAUCACCAACCUUCAUGUUUUGGAUCUGAAAACUUUGGUGUUUACCAAUGUGUUGGGAGGACUGGACAGAGCUGUACCUAUAGGAUUUGACACAAAGCAACAGCACAUCUACUUUGGUGAGCACACCCUGGGCCUUAUCUAUCGUGUAAAUUACGAUGGAUCGAGCAAAACACUGAUAAUGAAGGAUGUUGUGUAUGUCGAGGGUGUUGCAAUAGAUUGGAUCGGACGUAAGAUAUACUGGACCACUUAUAAAUCAGGGACGAUCGAGGUCGCAACGCUUGAUGGGAAAUUUAGAAAAGUUUUGCUAAAUACUGGUCUUGAAUACCCUCGUGGCAUGGCAGUUGAUCCAAUUGCAGGAUAUCUCUUUUGGUCUGACUGGGGAGUCAAAGCAGCUGUUGAAAGAUGUGAUUUAGACGGUACUAACCGUGUUGCUUUGGUCAAAGAUAACAUCACGUGGCCAAACGGUGUUACCCUGGAUACCUCUGCACGACUUGUCUAUUGGAUCGACGCGUAUCAUGAUAAGAUCAGUUCUAUUGACUAUGACGGAAAUAACAGAAGAAUUAUCUUUGAAGAUAAAUCAUUGGCUCUUUCCCAGUUCCAUGGAUUUGACUUGGAUAUCACAGGAGAUUCAAUCUAUUAUACAGACUGGUUGACUAAUUCCAUCAAUGGCAUUAACAUAAACACUGGAGUCAUGUUCGUAAACAUAACUGUACCAACUACAAACUUAAUUAAGGGGGCUAUGGGACUGCGUGUGAUUGACUCUUCGAAACAGAAAGAUGGAAAAAGUAAUUGUGGAAAUAAUGCUGGAGGGUGUGAACAUUUAUGUUUUAAUAAGUUUCCUUCUGAAACUUCGUGUGGAUGUCAGUUAGGUUUUAAACUAGCGAAUGACAACAAGUCGUGCGAGGACGCUUUUAAAGAUGAAUUCCUAAUGUUCGCUGACGCUGAUGCUGGCAAAAUCUACCAAAUGCAGCUGGACAGCGUGAAUGUAAAACCAAUUGCAAUUCCAUUUGAUGAAAACACCAAAAUUACCCGCCCCGUGGCGUUGGAAUAUGACUGGGUUGAAGAUCGUGUGUACUGGACGGAUGUUACCCUUAGAAUCAUCUGUAGAGCAUUCAGAAAUGGAACAGGAUUCGAGGUGUUGUUCAAUGAUAUUGGUGUGGCAGAUGGACUGACCAUAGAUUUUGCUGGUCGCCAGUUAUAUUGGACCAGCACAACAAACAAUACUGUUGAAACUUCUAAGCUGGAUGGGUCAUUUAGGAAGACUUUAGUCCGGUGGGAUUUAGACGAACCGCGGGAUAUUAUUGUGGAUCCAAUUGAUGGUUAUAUGUACUGGACUGAUUGGGGAAGCUUCUCGAGAAUCGAGCGUGCCUACAUGAACGGAAAAAACAGAAUGGAUCUGGUAAACCGCACUCUUCACUGGCCAAAUGGUCUCACCAUUGAUCAUGUUUAUAAUAAGUUGUAUUGGGUCGAUGCUGGUGAAGAUAAUAUUGAAGCAAUGGACCUCGACACGCUCGAACGAAAGGUUGUGUUGAACCAGAAAUUCCUUCUCUUUGGCUACUUGUUUGGUCUUACAACCGAAGUGAACCAUCCCUAUGGCUUAACAUCGUUAAAUGAUCAUCUGUACUGGACAGACUGGAAUACUGACUCUGUAUAUCGUGGUGACGUAAAUACUGCAGCAAACAUAAGAGUAAUGGCGACUAACCUGGGCAAACCAAUGGAUAUACAUGCAUAUAGUUCCAUACCAAAACAACAAAAACGACUACACUACACAUUUUCGUUCCCAAAACGUGGCAGCAAUUUCACUUGCAUCUCAUCUCGAUCAUGUCCUGUUAUCAAUGCACCUCCAUCAUGUCCGCCAGGAUACUCACACGUCAGGGAGAACUCAACUUGUGGGUUGUAUUGUCGAGAUAUCGUGGGUUACACGUGGCGAUGCCCGUGCAAUGACUGGAUGUCGUGUGCUGUGAAAGAAAGAUACUUGUGGGGCUGUGCUUAUGGUUAUUACAGCAGUUUCAGGGUUCGAGAGUGUGUCCAAGAUGUAAAAGCUGGACGCUGUCCUUAUGGUGGAGGCAAAGGAACGUCGUGUGUCAGUGACUCAGAUUGCCCGAGUAAUGAUAAAUGUUGUGACUCGAAGUGUGCAACACCAGCAACAAUAGCCGCUCAUCCAUGCCAGACAAACAACGGUGGUUGUGACCAGCUGUGUUUCGGGAUUCCUGGUGGACACAAAUGUGGUUGUAAAAAUGGUUAUUAUUACGACAAAACUCAAUCUAAGUGUGUAGUCGAUACAAGACCUACAGUAAUACCAACACCGCCGCCCAACAAAGGUUGCAAGCCACAUCCAGCCCCAAAACAUGGCUCAGUGACCUGUGAGGUCGUGGGUGGUUAUGUUCCUGAAUAUAAAGAAUGUAAUUUCUCGUGUGACUCAGGAUAUCGGUUAAUUGGUUGGGGUUGGGAUCUUUGCAUUAAAGGAGUAUGGAUUGACGACACACCAACCUGCAUAAUCGAUACAAGGCCUAAACUAUCGCAUUGUCCGAAUGACGUAACAGUUCCCACAAACACCGGCGAAAGUUUUACGACUGUUUAUUGGGACGUUCCCACGGCAACAGACUAUAAUGGAACAAGUCUACCAGUCGACAUAUAUCCAUUUGGCUACUCCCCUCCUGUUAAUCUGAGUAUUGGAUGGCAUUGGAUCGACCUGAUUGCGACAGACAAGAAUGGAGAAAGCACUUAUUGUUAUUUUUCUGUAACAGUCGAAGAUAUGGAACCCCCGUCAUUUGGCUCAACUUGUCCACCCAGCAUUCAACUAUACACAGAUAAUGACGACAGCGUCCACCUGCCUUCUUCCUUCAAAGAACCAACAGCUACAGAUAAUGCCAAACCACCUUCUGUUUACAGUUCAGGCUUUCCAGCUAAUUUAUUCUUCCCUAUUGGUACAACAGUGGUCAAAUAUACUGCAACAGACGAUGCUGGAUUAAAUGCAACGUGUAUUUUUAAUGUUACUGUUGUUAACGUGUGCAGCGGUGUUACGUGUACUCGCGGCUCGAAAUGCCACUUGAAUCCGGUGACGAAAUCCUCUUACAUGUGUUCCUGCAAGUUUUUGUGCCCGCAACUUUAUGACCCGGUUUGCGGGUCGGACGGUCAGGAUUAUUAUAAUGAAUGUCUCCUAGAUGUCACCGCUUGUUUGACGAAAAAAGCAAUCACGGUUGCCAAAAGAGAAAAGUGUGAAAAUGUAGGUUGUGGUGAUAAACUUAAGAUAUCCCAGGAAACGAGCACAAUAAAAUGUCAAAAUAAGAGGUUCCUGCAGUGUCAAGUCGCAUGUAAAAGUGGAUAUAAUGCAGUUUUCAACGAUUUCUUGAAGUUACAAUGUUAUGAGCAGCAGUGGAUAAGAGGAAACAACGCUGGGACAUAUGUCAGACUUGCGGACGUGAAUAGUCCUCCGACAUGCUACAAACCGACGAAGAAGCAAGUUGAACCUCCUUACUGUCCAGAUGGUUCUGCAUCGUUGAAAGACAUUUGUGUAAAAUGUCCACGAGGCAGUUAUCUCGAUCAAAACAAAACGAAGUGUGAACCAUGUCCAGUGACUGAGUAUCAAAACUCAGCAGGACAAACUUCUUGCAAGAAGUGUGGAUCCACGAAAACUUCGACUACAACAGGAGCUGAGAGUUGCUUCUUUGAUCAUAGUAACAGUGUUGUCCAGAUGUUAUUUGAAGAGCAAAAGAAGGAGAAAUUUACCAAAGAAACGAUUCGCAGUGAUAUUGCCAAAGCUCUGACGAAUGUUUGUAAGACAAUAAAAUGCACUUUUGAAGAAAAUGUAGCAAGUCGUAAAAAGCGGGAGAGUGAAACAUACCAGUUUCUGGCAAAGCAUGUCAUUGUACUCAGCAUUAAAAGAGAAGACGAUAACACAGCAGUUGAUUUAUUUGUCCUUGAUCCAAAAUCAACUUCACCACUACCGGAUAAAGCUUUGUCGUCCAAAUAUCUAAAAUAUUUAGCAGAUCGUAUUAAAAAAGAAGAUUUGAAAUAUCCUAUCAAACACACCAGUAAAGUGUCACCCUUUUCAGGAGGAGAUUCUGAUGGCAAUAAAGACUCCUCAAAUUCUGGUGUUGUCGCUGGGAUUGUCGUUACUAUUGUCGUUCUUGUUGCGGCCAUUGCGUUUGCUGCCUGGAUGUAUAAACGUCAUAUCAAGAGAAAGAACGCCGUCCCUCCAGUACAGUUCAAUUCCUUAGAUGAAGGAAGAAUGAGAAUUGGUCAGCCAGCAGCGACAAUUUCCAACCAACUUCAUGAAAAUCCAGAACGAAUCAACGAUGGCAUUAGACACGGCUUUGUUAACCAAGUUUACAACGAUGUUAAUGGCCCCCCUCCCGUUAAUACCCCCCCUCCCUCUUACUUUGAAAGUUCCACCGUACCCCAAGCCACGGGCCAUGGUCCCCUUCGCUCCGACUCCUUCGGUAAUGACCAGGCUAGUGCGUUGCCCACAAAGCAGAACGUGUCUGAUGCUGCGGUUGUGGAUAUGGUCCCACCAAAACAAGUGGAAGUUACAAACGAAAAAUCGCUCAAGGCUGAGUCCCCUGUCAAAUUCUUUCAUAAACGAACAACCCCGAAUGUCUACGAAGUACCUAAAUUUCCCUCGUCACAACAUGCCCCGGAUGCUGAGGCAGUGAGACUGGAGCCUCCUCCAAAAUUUGGUGAUUCUAAACUGCAAAUUAUGAGAGAUAAUGCGGCCUCUUCUACAUUACCAAAUGUCCCUCGAAAAUCUAAAAAGAAGAUCGACACAGUAGAUUUGAAUGCGAACGAGGAGAAAGGACAAGACCACGCCCAAGGGCACAGCGAAACUUAAGUAGGUCAUACGAAAGGUUCCUGCAAUCUGAUUGAUUAGAAAACAUAUACAUAUAAUGUGAUUUAACUUUCAAUUCAUUUCGACUAAUGUGUGAUUAGUUUUUUAGUCUCAUGAAAUGUAACUGUCAGUGGCAUAACAGGAGGGAGAGAUGAGAGAAAAAAUUGACAUGACAGCACAUUUCUGAGGGCCAGUGGUUCAUCAGUUUUUACUAACUGUUAUCUGUUACCCUCUUGAAAUAAAGUUUUCAAUCAAUCAAUCAAUUUCUAGGAAAUCAAAUACGAGACAAAUAAGCGGCUACUUAUUGUUGAUUGUCAAUGUCAUCUCACGCUCCGUUAAAUCUCGGAUGAGCGGGAACAUGUAAGACUUCAACGAUUAGUCAAACUUUAUUCGCCGAUAAAAUAAAGUAUUUUGCCUUUGGCGCAAAGUAGAAAAGUGCCAAUUGACAGCGUUCUCCAGCAGUUGCGUUACGCCACUGAUCUUACAUUCGUAAUUACACUCUAAUAUUUACCAAUGCAAACAGUAUGAAAAUUCUCUUGAUUUAUACUUUUAAAAAGACUUUUACUAUAAGAUUAUCAUUCAUAUAUUUACAGUUUACCGUUACUGUAUCAUUCCUUUGUGAUUUCAACGGUUAUUUAAAUGAUUUAGUGAUAAAAAUUAUCUUUAUUUUAAUCUAAUAUUUUAUGAUUGUGCUUUUAAAAAUUUGUAGA